CAUUGUUGCAACGUUUUUUUUUUCUCCACACCGGUCGUUCUCUCUCCGAUUGCUAUCAAUGAAAAUCUUUUGUUUUGUUCGCUUCCUGCAAGAGUUUCGAUCUCUUUUUAUUCUUUAUGUUCAUGAAUAAAAAAUGAAGCUGCACACAUAGCCCAAACGUUGACGAUCGAACGUAUUCCAACGUUCAAAUUGACGCGGCCGUGAUAAUUGCCUUUGAAAAAAAAAAAAAAUCACCAAUACCGACCAACUUUUUCGAGCAUCUAUAUUAUAAUGAGAACAAUAGAAAAUCGCACUUAACCUUCGUGCCCACCCAAAGUUGCAUCAUUCGACUACUUGUUCGUUUUUUAUCACCAAUAAUUUAUUGUUAUUCUAAAGAACAUUUCACGUUAUACUGAUUUAUAGUGUAACAGAAUUUAUAAACCUUUUUCAUCCAAGCAUGCUAAGCACCAAAAAUCAAUAUGGAUCGCACGAUGGAUGAGAAAGAGGAACUGGUGAAGGAGUCAUUGUUUUCUUUCGUAAGAAAUCAGGUACCCGACGCUCAACUCAGUUUAAUAGAUGACAUUGUCCUGAGUUACGUGGUGAGCAUGGUAGAGGAAAACGCUAUGGAGGACGAUCUGGAUGUGGACGGUGUUUGCGAGAUGGUAUCGGCUUGUCUUCCGGAAUUCGAUACCAUAGAAAAAGAUGCGGUCUCAAAAUGGUUGCUAGAUGUAGAGAGCAAACUGCGUCAAGGAACAAAAGGCUCCGGCGACUGUCAACCUCAUGAUCCGCUGAGCCAGUUGAGCCUUGCCGCUUUGCUCCCACCGGAUGCUCAGCGUAUGAGAGUUCAUCAUUUGUCAGAGACCAGCGACGCCGGCAGCGAUUCCAGCGGAGAAUAUUUUCCAGAACAACAAGAAACUUCUUGGCCCCAAGUUGCCCUCCUACAGGAGAUGUUUCCCGGAGCGAGUCCUGCCGAAGUGAGACACUGUCUCGCUGUUGCCGAAGGUGACAUAGCCAAAGCUGCUCAACUCGUUCUGCACAGACAAGAAGCCGGACAAAGCAUCACGAGUAAUAUGACGUUCCUCACGCCAAAUAGACGCAACAAAGCUCGAGUCAAUGACGAGGAGCUGAAAUCACGUAUAAUAGCCCGAUACAGUUAUGUCGAUCGAGACGAUGAUUCUCGUGAGCAUCGACCAGUUGCGCCCAAGACCGAACCAAAGAAGCUCGUGCGUUAUCUCGACAACAAAAUAGUGAGCGUGAAAGGUGAGCGUUUUACGGAAAUUCGUCGCAACGGAGAAGAUGAGGACGGUAACGAGGGUGGCAGAAAGAGAAAUCACUGUCGCCCGUAACCAGUCACCCCGCCUCCACCGCCCGAUCCACCCCCUUGGAGGCGCCUCAUUUGCGGAAGAACUUUAUCCUAAGCAUGCAGAAUCAGCGUUCAACAUCACCAACAAAAACAAGCAAGUUAUUAUAAUACCGGCGUACUUUUCGUAUCUCGUUUUUGGGACUCUAGAAUCUACGUCGAUCUUGAGUGGCGACAGUCGCGCCAAGAAGGAACAUAGAAUGUAUUGUUAUUCAUUCGGUGUCGCCCGAGGACGUGCGAGGACGAAAUGAAAUUUCCGCCUCAAUCGUUUAUUUUUAAAUAUUCUUGAUACCUUUUUUCAAUGAAUCCCUCAAGUUUUUUUUACAUCGUGUUAUUGACGAAGCGUCCAGUGUGCACAAACUCGUGCAUCAAGCUCAUAACUUACGAAAUUAUUGCAAAUAAUUUACAUUUGUUUUGAGUUUUUUUUUCAGUUCUUUAAAUUUUUGUCUCUUUCAACGAGCGGGCAACGGAAUCCGACGUGAUGUAUUUUUUUUUUCGAUUAAUUUCAAUUUUUUUUUUUUCAUUACAUACAAAGUGGAAAAAUCAAUCAUGCUCGUUUUUUAAUUCGCGGUUGGAAUCUUCUAAGCGUUUGGCAAAAUCAAUUACAUUUUUCAGAUCAAUGACUCAUAUUCGACAUUACCGAGUUUCUAUUAAUAAAUUGAAAUAAUAAUAUCAUUUCGAUCAAUUGAAAAAUAGCAGGUGCACAACAUUUAUUUAAUAAUAUCGUGUAUUAUACGAGGUUUUCAAUGGCCGGCAGCGAAUUGCAUACAAUUCGUUUUAAGCCUAGGAAACAAAAAAUUGAAAGUUGCCGAUUUUCUGUAAGAAUAACUAGGGAAGCACGUAAUAUUUUUUUAUAUAUUGAGUUUUGCGAAAAAACGCUUUUUUUUAAUUAAAUAAAAAAAAUUCUUACACACACGACGAGAUAAAAAAAACUAUGCGAUAUAGAGCAAAGUUUCCACGUUUUAUUUUACAUGGAAUUUUAAAAAAACUCGGUUUUUGAUUCUAGGUAAAAAAUCCUACGAGAUUUCUAAUCUGUAAAUUCUCCCCGAAAAGUAUUGUGCUGCCGCUAUUUUUUUUUUUUUUUUUUUUUUUUCAUUUUCAGUAAACUUUUUUUUGCGUUUCUCGAUGGUUCAAGGAAGGCCUGUCUAUGAAAUUUCGAUACAUAGCAUAGUUUCACAAGAAAAAAUUGAUCCAGUAUACCGAUUUUAGUGCGCCCCGAAGUAGCCAACCCUCUUGAGGUUCCCAACUGAAAGCGAUGCAUUUCACAGAAAUAGGCGAGUAAAAUUAUCCGUCGGAGGGGGGGGGGG